AUGACAUUAGAUAUUUCUAAGUUCAAUCCAAGACAAAUUCCACAUACCGAAGAGAGACAAACAUUGUUAGAAGCAAACAAGAGUGUAUAUGAACUGUUCAUAGAUGAAACUGACUUUGAGUGUUUAGAUGAAAGGUCAUUGUACGAUUCGUAUAAACAAUAUUGUCAAGAAUAUGGUUAUAUGACAGCGUCUAAACGAACAUUCUUGGCAAAUGUCAAAAGUCUUUUAGACGUUCAGAAUGGUGUAUAUACAAAGAAAAAUUUUUCUGAGUAA